AUGGGUGAAACGUCAUCUCCCUUCACUCAGACUUCAAGAUUCUUCCCUUUCGCCCCACUUUGGAACUGGCUGCAAGACAAUCUCGCUUUGAAUUCAGAUUCCUGGCUUUCAGAAUACCUAACUCCAACCUGGCAAGCCAUCUUUUGGAUUAUCCUUGUUUUUACCCUGCUAGUAGGAACAUAUGCCUUUUGGAAACGAACUUUUCAGUCAAUUAAGAAAAUCAUCUUCUUUAUUAAUUUACUCCUUGUGCUUUACAAGAAGGGCACAGAUCUUUUUCAAGAUAUAUUGUCCAACAACAGUGGAGGAACAAACCAUUUUACCAUUAGUCCAGGUAACAAUAACAUGUUGGUCACCCUGAGCCUGCAGGAGAAAAUCCUCAGGAAGCUUCAGAUGGUAGAGUGUAAAGUGAAGGACCUGGAGGAUUUGAUCAUGACCUACAAAGGGGGCAAGAAGAAUUGCACAAUACCCUGUUGUAGCUGCUCAGACUGUCAGAGCCACCCGGCCACUUCUGGAUUUACCUCCGCAUCUGAAACAUGA